AUGGGUGAAGUGUCUCUCGAGAAGCUGAAAACUUAUUCUGUGUGUGAAGUUCCUGGGAUUCUUCUCCUUACUGUGAUAGAACUUCCUCCACAGAAACAGUGGAUGGCUAUCUCAAGCCCUCAAGAUGUGACUCCACAUGAAGAAAGUGAGGUCCUGAGAGCAGAUAUGUCCUGGGGACGUAUGACUGUCAUGGACACAUAUGACACAGAGGCAUCGCGUCAGAAGUUCAGACAUUACCACUAUCUGGAAGUGGCUGGGCCCCACGAAGCCCUGAGCCACCUCUGGAAGCUCUGUCUUCAGUGGCUGAGACCAGAGAUUCAUACCAAGGAGCAGAUCCUAGCACUGUUGGUGCUGGAGCAGUUCCUGGCCAUCCUCCCUGAAGAAGUCAGGACCUGGGUGAAUUUACAGCAUCCGAAGAACAGCAGAGAUGUGAUGACCUUCCUAGGGGAUGUGAUAGAAAUGCUUGCGGAUGCAGGCUCGCGUCACCAGGACCCUGUCCUUCCGCACAGCAACUCCAAAGAGAAGCCUUCGAAAGCCGACUCACUGGCAGGCGCGCCCCCGGAACCAAUAACACUGAGAGAUGUGGUUGUGGAAUUCAGCGAGGAAGAGUGGGGACACUUGGAGCCUGCUGUAAAGAAGCUGUACAGGGAUGAGAUGCUGGAGAACUAUAGGAACCUGAACUCGUUACGUAAAGCCCAUCUCCUUUGCAAAGCCGUCAAGAUCCCCCACUUGGAGAAUAAGAACACAAGAUGGAUCAUGGAGGGAGAUCGUCCCAAAAGGACCAUUGUAGACAUGAAGACAAUGGAGACUGUCUCAGGAAACCAGGGUUGGGUGCCACAGCAGAGAGAGUCUGCGGAAGAGUCAUCGCCUGAAGCCAUUUCGAGCACUCAUCCUUCAUUCCAUGAUGUCCAGAAAGAGGAGGAUCAGCUGUGGAUGAACCACAACAAAGAAGACGCAAGUUUGCCACAAGAGGCUUUCAUUCAUAAGACAGUCCCCACACAGCCCCACACAGAUGCUGAAUGUAAUGAAGAUAAGCCGUGCUUGCGGUCAGUGAAGGUCAUCUGGGAUGCACAGCAGGGAAUUCCUCCUGGAAAAAGGUCCCCAGAGGAGCACACGUUUCAAGCUAACUUCACAUUUAAUUUAGACUUGGUGAGUAAGCAACAUCCAGAUGAUCGGGAAUGUGGACAGGCCGUAACCCUAAGCACGCAUCCUAUCCCGCCCCGAGAAGGUCAUGCCCCCAUCAGUCCCUACGCAUGCGAUCAGUGUGGGAAAGCCUUCAGCCGAAGUUCAUCUGUCAUUCGGCAUCAGAUCAUCCACACGGGAGAGAAGCCCUAUCAGUGCAGCGAGUGUGGACGAUCCUUCAACCGGCACACAAACCUGAAGAAACAUCAGAAGGUUCACACCAAGACCAAGGCCCCGGAACGGGACCAAGAGGGAAAUUCCUUCUGUGAGGGUAAAGACAGGAGUAGGAGUCCAAGACCCUGGUCCAGAAACAGUCCAUAUGAGUGUGUUGCCUGUGGCAAAUGCUUCAACCGUAGCUCCUCCCUCCUGCGACAUCAGAUGAUACAUACAGGAGAGAAACCAUUCGCGUGUAAGGACUGUAAGAAAACCUUCAACCGGCAUUCAAACCUUACUAAGCAUCAGAAAGUUCAUAUGCGAGGCAAAUCCUGAAAAGGGAGAAAUCCUGGAUGAGUGCAGACAGAGUACAGACCCAAUCAGCAUCCAUGAAUUUAUGUUGGAGGGAAUCUUGAGAAUAUGAUGAAUGUGAGAAAGAAGGCACUUGCCUGAGAUCACCUCUUAAAUAAUGGGACAGGAUUGGAAAUCGAUUUGUAGGGUUGUUUCUGGGUUCUUAAAUGAAACUACCAGGUUUGAAGUUAAACCUAAUGUCACCAUACAAGUCUUUGCUUCUCAUUAUUCUGAGAUGUUGCCUUUCUCUAGUGUAUAAUUGGAUCUAUAGCACACUUGUAUUUGCCUAAUUUAUUGAUUAAAGG